GCCUAGUUCAGUCGCUGCUAAAGGAACAGAAAGGAGCUGCUGGUACAGUCUGGUGCCCUUCUCCUUGUUGUUGAGUUGCUACAGAGCUCGCCCUAGGAGCAGUGGACUCCGAGAAUCGCAGCAUGAAGUGAACUAAGGACAACCAGUUCCAUGAAAGGUGGCCGUCCAACCUCUUUUUAAAGCCUUCAGAGAUGGACAACCCAUAGACUCAGUAGGUAGAUUAGAACACCCCAAGCAUAAACUCUGAGUUAUUUCCAAGUAUGGAAGAGACAAAGAAUAAUUCCACAAAGCUGAGCAGAACCAAACAGCCAGUGAAAACAGAAUGGGGAGCCCAUUACAUGGUAUUAACCUAUUUCCAAGGAGACACUAAUAGCAUGGUGGAUGAACAUUUCUCUAGAGCUUUGAGUGUCACCAAAAACCCUCAGGAUCUGAGUAGAAACAACAGUGCCAAAGAUGGCCUUAUUAACAACGAAAACCACCAACCUUCUCACGAGUGGGGUCUUCCACCCCACUGGACCAAGCCCUAUUGCCCGGCCUCCCCUUUGAACCUGUGCGCUUCGGACGAAAACCGUGUGGUUCCUGCGGUGGAGGUCUACCAGCCUUCCAUUCUCCAGGGAACCUCUUCCGCCACCGCUGAGCUCUGGCCCUCGGCUUCCGGGGAUGAUCCAUGUUUGACCACAGUUUCGAGGUACCCAACUUCUGAUCUGCACAUGGCGCAAGACGGCAUGUCGGAUGAGAAAUACGGUUCGCUGCUGGGCCUCCUGGAGCAAGAGAGAUGUUCUGGGCCCGUCCAAGAGCUGCUUCAUUCCCGAUCGGCUUGUCUUACUGGUUCGGCUGGAUUGCAAAAUAUGAGCCAGAGGUAUCCCUGCUAAGGCCAAUGUGCACUUUUCAAAAUGGACCUGUUUGCUUGCUAAAAGACUUUCCAAGGACUUUUGAAAAUAACAGAACUGUAGUUAAGAAAAGCAGUCAAACGGCGGUAGUCAACCACCAUCUUCUCUCACGCUAUUUUUUCCCCGUGGUUUGCUUUUCAUUUUUGGAAAGGGGACAGAGAGACGCUCUCACGGGUCUUGAGUUUUGCCCAACGGCGUGCAGAAAUCCAGUUCCAUGGAAAACUCCCUGCCUCUGGCUUCCUGGGGAUCCCUAAUCUUGGGGGUGUCCAGGACUGUUGAGCCAGGACCUUCAGCCACUCUUUAUUAGCUUACAACGUUCCAUCCACUGCCACCGGUUGCUUGUUUCCGAAUCUAAUCUCAGUUUAGGAAUAAUAUAAAAAUAGUUUGCAGACUGGCAAUCGCCACACGAUGGCAGCAAAUUUCAGAAUUUGGCCACAUCCUAGGCUGAAGAUCACCCUCAACCAGACCCUGAUGAGCAAAGAUCCAUCCAUACUCAAGACGCUAAAUUAAGGGCCGUUUUUAGAACUGACAUAAAACGUUGCCUUUGGGAAGCUCAACUCAAUGAGUGGGAGACAUCCCAAGGGCCAUAAGAGAAACUUAUGGCUUUCUUCUGUCCAAAUCAUUGUUAUUUUUGUUGACACACUCGUGUGGUUUCUGUUCUUAGCAACCACAAACUAAAGGCUGUUGCUCCUAUCAAGAACAUCUCCCUCCCAUCCCAGAGUAGAUGCCGUUGGAGGAGGACAUCUAUGAUGGUGUGUCUGUUCAGACCAGUCUUAUCUAUACUGGUCCAGGGCCUCUCAAGAGAAGAAGAAGAUGGCUUCCUGUUACUCACCAGGUGACCCUUGGGUGGUUUAGUGGCUCAUGUGCAAACCUAGCCUUAUUUGGUUUGUUUUCAGUCUGGAGUAUCCUGUGAAUCUGGAGAAUGAGUUAUCAAUUAAAGCUGGUGCACUUC